GUAUGAGCUGUUUAUGUCACUGAGUAAAAUUAGCUGUGCCUGUUGCUAAUACCAGAGGAUGAAACAUGAGACGGGGCCGAGCACGUGAGAGCCUUUUCUCUGGGAAGGUUGGUGAAGCUUCACUCCUUCACUCUCGAUCUGUAACUGAUGGAAAAGUUUGAAACCUUCUGUCUUCCAUAGAGCUUCGGUGAAGCAGAUUAUACUGUGCUUUUCAAAAUACCUAAGAUGGGGCGUGAGCAAUACACCACAACCACAGAAGGCACCCACAUAGAGAGGCCAGAGAAUCAGUGCGUCUACAAAAUUGGCAUUUAUGGAUGGAGGAAGCGUUGCCUCUACUUGUUUGUUCUUCUUUUACUCAUCAUCCUCGUUGUGAAUUUUGCUCUUACCAUUUGGAUUCUUAAAGUGAUGUGGUUUUUUCCAACAGGAAUGGGUCACUUGCAAGUAACAAAAGAUGGACUUCGGCUGGAAGGGGAGUCGGAAUUUUUAUUCCCGCUGUACGCCAAAGAAAUAUGCUCCAGAACGGACUCGCCUCUGCUUCUGCAGUCCACGCAGAAUGUGACCCUGAACGCACGUAACUCGGAAGGGGAGGUCACGGGCAGGUUAAAAGUGGGUCCCCAAAUGGUAGAAGUGCAGAGUCAGCAGUUUCAGAUCAGCUCCAAAGACGGCAAGCCGCUGUUCACUGCUGACGAAAAGGAAGUUGUGGUUGGUACAGGCAAACUUAGAGUGACUGGGCCUGAAGGAGCUCUUUUUGAACAUUCAGUGGAGACACCCCUUGUCACAGCGGACCCCUUUCCAGACCUUCGGUUAGAAUCCCCCACCCGGAGUCUGAGCAUGAACGCCCCAAGGGGCAUUCACAUUAAAGCGCUUGCUGGAGAAAUCGAGGCCCUUUCCCAGGAGGAUAUCAUUCUCCACAGCAGCGAAGGAACGCUUGUGCUUGAUGCUGAAACCCUGUGUCUACCCAAGUUGGUACAGGGGACUCAGGGUCCCGCUGGCAGCUCACAGGGACUCUAUGAGAUUUGCGUGUGUCCAGAUGGGAAGCUGUUCCUGUCUGCGGCUGGCAUGGCCACCACGUGCCAGGAGCACAGUCACAUCUGUCUCUGAGCGGCCUGCCCCUCCCAUGGAGCACCCACCCCCUCCAGGGAGCAGCGCGGUGCCGCCGGCCUCAAGCCCUCACACCUGGGGAGUGGCCGGACAUCCUGCAGGACCGGGGAGGUGACCAUGGGCAGGAGGCAGGAGGACAUGCUUUCCAGAGGAACUAAAAAACUACAUGAUCUCAAAAUGGCGUGUGGAUGUUAGAAACAGAAGUGGAAGAAAUAUCAAAGCAACAUAUUUAUUCCACGGGAUUAAUUUUCAUGAGAACAAUUGUGACUGUUCCACACCUCCCUCCCCAGUACUCGGACAUGUCCACGUGCAAUGAAGUGUUGAGUUGCUGUGUGGAACUGAUUUAUGAUAUUCAACUGUGGAUACUAACUCCCUGUAAGUCACAUUGGUCAGUGCUAAAAUGCUUCCUUUCUAUCACUCAAACCUCAAGGUCUCCCUUCAGCUGGAUGCAAGGUGUGUCAGGCUACACAAGAAAAUCUUCACGUUUUAAAGUGAAUUUGAGAUUUAUCUGAUUUUCAAUAUGGAGUCAAAGGAAUAAAUUACACAAAAUCAGUCAUGUAAGCAAUAAACAUCAACCUAUAUUUUUCACAUACUUCACAGUUGAAGAGUGCCUUACUUUCCUUAAUCCUCACAACACUUUGAGGUAGGCAUUAUUUUUCCCCAAGUGUCUGGUGACAAAGACUCAGGACAAGUCACGUCACACAGCAACUACUGCAAUCAAACCAAAAUGUUUGCAUAGCAUUUUCACUUUGAAAAACGCUGAUAUGCUGCCUCAUUCCAUCCAGAACACCCAGCUGUGUGAUAACCAGACAGAUGAAGUUACACUUAUUUGACAAAUGCAGAACCUGGGUCCCAAAGGGGUCUAGUCACCCACCAGGAUCAAUGGUCUUGAUCAGCGCAAGGCGGGCUCCUCCCUGCUCAGCCCAGGUACUUACCUCCUCCGUGCAGCAGAUAAAAGACUGGCUGUAACUUCACGGGACCAGAUGCUCGCAGCUUGUGGAAAUGUUUAGUGCCAGUGGGUGUGUCAGUUGCCAUAGACAUCAAUGGGACACAUCUAACACACGGAGACAGGUUUGCUCUGUGCAGGCCACUCACUCACUUUGUAAGGUGCGCUCCAUCACAAAAUUGGUAGGAUUGGUUUUGGUUUUGUUUUACCUAUUGUUACAAUAAGAAUCUCCAAACAGCUCAAGACACAGUGAGACCAACAACAUUGCCACUUUCUGAUGACAGGGUUUAUAACUGUAAACACAAGUUCAUUUGCUACAAUCUCAGAAUCAAGAGAAAGGAGAAAAGGGAACUCCUUAUUUCUAGUGCUGUUUUAAUAUGUUCAUUUAACAGCGCAGCUAACUUAAAACAACUCUCCCUGGUUUUUAAAUUGCUAGUAUGCAUGAACACUUGAGAUUGCAAAGUAAAAAUACAGUGCUUCCCAAGCAGUUAAGAGCAAAACACUCAACUCUAAAUGUAAUGCUCCUCAAGUUUCACAGAGGGCUGUGUGCUUUCAAUUAUAAAUUGGCGUUAACCUUUUACACUUAGUUAAGUCCUGAUUUUUUAAAUUAAUAUCUGCUUUCCUACUGCAGUAUUCCUAUUGUCAUAGUAAAUAGUUCUGCUGUUUUGUCACAUUUACUCUCCUGUUCCAUGUUUGUACAAGACAUGUCUUCAAUUCCAGUUGACCACAACACAGGGUCACUGAACAUUGAUAAACUAGCUUGGUUCUCACAGUACAUGUCCAAGAAAUGGUGCUUAGACGAUAAAGUGAGGUCAAGAAAAAUAAUCAAGGAGAAAGUAUGGAGAAUAGAACCUUUUGAAUAAAAGUUAAACCUUUCUAUUUUUUA